CACAAUCCAUAAUUAAUUUUAUAAAAAAGUGGAUAACUUUUGGUAAAACAGCAAGGAAAAACGUUUUUGCAGCAGUGGAAAAGGUUAUUGUAGCGACGUAAAGGGCAGAUUGCAGUGGCGGAAGGGGUUAUUGCAGCAGCGGGAGGAUGAUUGCAACGACUCACAGGUCACGAGCUGAAGCUGCAAAGAGACCCAGCCGGAAAUCAUGGAAGACAGAUAUGGACGUGAGGCCCUUUUUACUGAAUGUUUUCUUCACUAAGAGAUACAUCCAUGCUAAGGUGGUCCACCGAGGUACCAGUAAAGUGAUCUCUGUUGCUAGUACAAAAUUGCAAAUGCCAAGGAUUUGAGGAACACUUUGAAAUCCCUUACUGAUAACAAUGCCUGUAGAGGGAGGCUUAUUGCUGAGCAAAAACAUCAGGGUUUGAAUUGUCACACCAUCCAUAUAGAGAUUUAUAUUUCCCUCAACUGUCGUAGCAUGUUUGUCAUACACAGUAAAAAUGAAAAGGAUGAAAUCAUAUUAUUUUCUUGAGGCCUUAAUUCUUUCAGAAUAUUGAAAUAUUUGCACUGAUCAUCAAUUUGUGGAUUGCUCAUGAGAAUGAAUGUCACCAAAGAGAAUGGGUGUCAAACCUAAUUGUGAUAUAGCAGUCUAACCCUGGUUGCGCGGUCUGGGGGGUCAUAACGUACACAGCCUUACCCCCCUUUUUUGCGGAGAAGUGGUUUCUUGACUUAAACCUGCGACCACUAGGUCAUCAUGGAGCAGCCUUACCAAGACCUGGCAACAAAGGUCACAAUGACUAGGUGAGAAAAUGUGGUUAAAAGGUUAGAAGAAGAAAGGUGAAGGCCUGAUUUCUUCCCAAGACCUGGCCACAAAGAGUCUAAAGUUUUUAUUAUUAUUAUUAUUAUUAUUAUUUUUUUAUUUUAUGUUUGAAGAUUUCAUUUCCCCUCCUUGGCAACCAAACAAAGCCUAAGAUUAAUUUCACAUUUGGGAAUUAUGUUCCAAUCUGAGAGGGACCCUCAUAUCAUGUUCUAAUGUGAAAGUUUAGAUAACACAGAAAACUCGGGGAAAAGAUCAUCUCUAAAUAAUUGGGUAUCCAUUUAAGGAUCCAACUAUUGGGAAGACUUGGGAUACGCAUCCAUAUAUUGGGAUGUGUCCUGGUCCUCCCAGCCCUUGAAUCACUUAUUGAUCACCCAAUUAAUUGAUUAAUUGGAGAGGAGCUGAAUCCAAAAACUCCAGUGUCUUAAAUGAGGGUACAGCCACAAAUUCACUAGCAUUAAAGAGAUCACAAAAUCCAGGUUUAGUCUAAUAAGCCCUGUCCAAGUCCACAAGCUCUGGGCUCAACUGGUUAUUUGGGUGCCGUUAUGUGAGCAACGGAAAGGCAGGAGGAGGUAGUUAGAGAUGCAAGGAGCUAAAAGGAAGGGCCUUCAACCGUUUCCUGUAAUUUCUUCCUCGCCUUCGACAUCCCAUUUGCCUUUCUCUCUCUUUGCUCUGCACAAUUCGAGCUAGAACACAUGCAAGCAAUGCAAGAAAGGCGACCUGAAGAGCAGAAAGAGCAUCAGUGUCAGUUGAACGAUCACAAUCAGUUUCAUCAAAAUGUGAUAGUAAUGAGACAUGGCGAUCGGGUGGACAACUUGGAGCCCUUGUGGAUCACCACAGCACGGCGUCCAUGGGAUCCUCCAUUGGCUGAAAGCGGCAGGAUUAGAGCCUUCUGUACCGGAAGAAAACUGAGGGAUCGACUCGACUUCCCUAUUCACAGAGUAUUCGUCUCCCCUUUCCUUCGUUGCAUCCAGACCGCUUUCGAGGUUGUCUCUGCCCUUUGCGCUGUUCAAGAUAACAAUAUCGAGAUGACCAGCGAAAAUGUUCCCAUUGAACCCUCCAAGCUCAAGGUCUCAAUUGAGUAUGGCUUAUGUGAGGUAUUAAGUAAGGAAGCUAUAACUUCUAAUUUGACUCCUAAAGACGGCAACUGGGGGUUCGAUAUCUCAAAACUUGAGAAAAUGCUGCCUGCUGGGACGGUGGAUCACUCGAUAGAACGUGUGUACCAAGAGUUGCCAAAGUGGGAGGAGUCUUUGACCGAUGCGAGGGCUCGAUAUAAACAGGUCAUCCAUGCACUUGCAGAUAAAUAUCCAUGUGAAAACUUGUUGUUUAUCACACAUGGGGAAGGAGUUGGCAUUGCAGUCUCUGCAUUCAUGAAGGACACAACUGUGUAUGAAGUGGAAUAUUGUGGAUAUGCACACACAAGAAGAGAAAUAACCUUUAAAACUAAGCAGACAUUUACCGCCAGCAAUUUUGAGGUAUCUACAAAGGGCAGUGAAUCUGGUAUCAGCUACUGUCCUAUAAGUGCGUUGGCUGUGGAUGCGUGAUUCGACCCUAUCAAGUUGAGAUUCGACCCUAUCAAGUUGACAUAGGUCUCACACUCUGUCCCUGGUUGCUUAAGCCCAAUUCAUAAAGUGGAGUAUCCUUUAGUCUUGAAAUAUUAUGGGAGAUCCAUGUUUCUCAUCAAUAAUCACUCAUUUUUUUUUGAAAAUUUUGGGAUUGGUAGGUUUUUAUGUAUGUCCUCAUUGAAAGGACUUGUUGGAAUCCAUGAAUGGAUCCUUUUUUUUUAUUUUGGAUAGGUAGGCUCCAAGGAGAGAGUUGAACUCAUAAUCUCUUUAUUAUGAGGAGUUGGUCUUUACCAACUGAGAUUAUUAUUAUUAUUAUUAUUAUUAUUAUUAUUA